AGAGCCUCUCCCGUGGGUUUAGAGUUUUGGCUCCCGGGAAAGAUUUCAGUCCUCCGGGAAAGAGGGCUUAGUUUUGCAUGUUCCCAUCCAUCGUGCACGACGCGAAAGGCCCCUUAUCCACAUCUCCUGUGUACAAGGAACACCUCCACGGUGAUCAGCCUCUGCCUCGUGUUUGUCUUGUGGAGAAGCAGCAGCAGCACCUUUUCCAGGAGUGCUUUAUUCAACUCGAGUCCUGACGCUUUUGGACGCGGUGCUUCGGGGAUGUCGGCACUUUGAGAGCUGCAGCAUCACCCAAACAACUGCCAUCGAUUUUUCUGUGAAUAGCAACAAAAAAACAAAACAGAAAAAACAAAAAAACAAAGAGGAACAAUAGCAACAAAAAAAAUCGCGUCUAUUGAACAAUUCACGUUUUUUUUCUUCUUCUUGUUCCCCUGUCUGUGGAUAGCACUCCAACUAAGUACGGCACUUUGAGACUUGUUCACAUCGUUCCAAGUCAGGACAGACAGAAGAGGGAGACGAGACCUGUGGACCAGCCGUUCCCUCGCACCGCUCGCGACUGAUCCCGCAAAACCCUGAAGGAUACCGCGUGUGGACGUUUAUUUACCCUCAUUUCGCAGGAGGCUCCCCCUUUUGCACGCAAAUUGUCCUAAAUGUUUGGGAUUCAGGAAACUAUAUCGCGGGGUGGCACCACGAUGAAGGAGGAACCGCUCGGUGGGCUCAAUUCGGUCCGCUCGUGGAUGCACACAGCUGGGGUGGUGGACGCGAACACAGCCGCCCAAAGCGGUGUUGGCUUGGCACGGGCACAUUAUGAAAAGCAGCCCCCCUCCAACCUCAGAAAAUCCAAUUUUUUCCAUUUCGUCCUGGCCCUGUACGACAGACAGGGUCAGCCAGUGGAGAUCGAGAGGACAGCUUUCGUGGACUUUGUGGAGAAGGACAAAGAACCAAACAGUGAAAAAACUAACAAUGGGAUACAUUACAAACUACAGUUAUUGUACAGCAAUGGAGUCAGGACAGAACAGGAUCUUUACAUACGGUUAAUCGAUUCAAUGACAAAGCAGGCGAUAGUGUACGAAGGCCAAGACAAGAACCCAGAAAUGUGUCGAGUUCUCCUUACCCACGAGAUAAUGUGCAGCCGGUGCUGCGACAAGAAAAGCUGUGGGAACCGAAACGAGACUCCUUCAGACCCUGUGAUCAUCGACCGGUAGGCUUCCCUUCUACUACACCUUCUCCUGUGUGUGUGCGUGUGUUUAUGCAUGUGUGUGAGUGUGUGCGCAGGAUGGGUGGAGAAG